GUGGCGGUGGUGCUGGCGGCUGGUGCACCACAAUAACAACAGCAACAACUGGCGCAGCAACGGCGGGCAGCGGCCGGUUCGCAACCAUAAUGGGCGCAGUCAAAUCACGCAACAUCACCAAUGCCGAUGUGGACAGGGAGGAGCAACUGCAGCAGCAGCAGCAUCCGCAUCCGCCAUUGCAUCAGCACCAGAGCACACACUCCAUGCACCGCAACAAUGGCCAUCACAAUGCGCCGCCCGGCAUGGGUACACUCCAAAAGCAGGAUCUGCGCUAUGACAUCGGCUCCAGUUCACAGUACCAUCAUGUCCGGCAGCCGAGCGUGCGCAGUCGCAGCCAACAGCCGAUGCCCACCACCGAUGAGCUGGAUCGACGAUUUGCCAAAGUCUUGGCUUCCAUGGAUCUGCCGCCGGACAAAGCAAAGCUCUUACGCAACUACGAUGACGAAAAGAAGUGGGACAUGAUAUGCGAUCAAGAAAUGGUGCAGGCGAAGGAUCCACCCUCCCAUUACUUAAGCAAAUUGCGAACAUAUUUGGAUCCAAAGGCUUCGCGCAGUCAUCGGCUUUACCUCUUCUACUUUCUUUGUCAGAAACGUAAGAUGGUCGGCGAGUCGACAUCCACACAGGUGCUGCGGGAUCUAGAGAUCUCACUGCGCACCAACCAUAUCGAAUGGGUCAAGGAGUUCCUUGACGAUACGAAUCAGGGCUUAGAUGCUCUUGUUGAUUAUCUCAGCUUUCGGCUGCAGAUGAUGCGACACGAGCAGCGUUUACAGGGCGCCCUGUGCGCAUCCGAGGAGCGUUUGAAUCUGAUAAACGGCCUGGAUGCCGGCGAGGUGGUGUUGAGCAACAGCUCGAUGAGCCCUGGCGGUGUUAGCGGCAAUACCAAUCUGACCAAUGGCUCCCUAUUGCUGGACAGCUCGCGACAGCAGACGGGCUCCCAUAGCAAUCACUCGCAUUCCUAUAGCUUUGUGCGACCCACCAUUGCCGAGGUGCUUGACAGUCCCAGCCUGAAGCGUCGGUCGCGUCACAUUGCCAAACUUAACAUGGGCGCCGCCACGGACGAUAUACAUGUGUCCAUUAUGUGCCUGCGUGCGAUUAUGAACAACAAAUAUGGCUUCAAUAUGGUCAUACAGCAUCGGGAGGCGAUUAACUGCAUCGCUCUCAGUCUGAUACACAAGUCGCUGCGCACCAAGGCGCUGGUGCUGGAGUUGCUGGCGGCGAUUUGUCUGGUCAAGGGUGGGCACGAGAUCAUCCUGGGCUCCUUUGACAAUUUCAAGGAUGUGUGCCAGGAGCAGCGACGUUUCCAGACACUCAUGGAAUAUUUCAUGAACUUUGAGGCCUUCAACAUUGACUUUAUGGUCGCGUGCAUGCAAUUCAUGAACAUUGUGGUGCACUCCGUCGAGGAUAUGAACUAUCGGGUUCAUUUGCAGUACGAGUUUACGGCUCUGGGCUUGGAUAGGUAUCUGGAGCGCAUACGGCUAACCGAGUCCGAAGAGUUGAAAGUCCAAAUAUCGGCCUAUCUGGACAAUGUGUUUGAUGUGGCUGCUCUGAUGGAGGAUUCGGAAACAAAAACAUCUGCAUUGGAGCGCGUACAGGAGCUGGAAGAUCAGCUAGAGCGCGAAAUAGAUCGAAACUCGGAGUUCUUGUACAAAUUCGCCGAACUGGAGACGGAGAAUCUGACACUGAAGACGGAACGUGAACAACUGUCCGUGAUGCGGCAACAGCUGGAGGAGCAGCUGAAUGCCCUGCAACGCAUGCUGCAGCAGAACGAACAGGAGCUCAAGAAACGUGAUACGCUGCUUCACAAUAAAAAUCUGGAGCUGCAAACACUAUCGCGUUCACUGCCACGUUCCGCGUCCAGUGGCGAUGGUUCGCUGGUGAAUGGCAGCCUGCUGACGGGCUCAGCAACAGGCACAGUUUCACCACCGCCUCCACCACCGCCACCCAUGCCAGCAACAACCGCUCCGCCACCACCGCCACCACCUGCGCCACCUGCACCGCCACCGCCGCCCAUGAUGCCGGGCCUGAGUCCGCUGGGCAGUCCGAAUGGUAGCGUGACGUCCACAGCUCCCUCGCCACCACAUGCGCCGCCCACGCUGAGCUCCUUCCAGCCACCGCCGCCACCAGUGGCAGGCUUCAUGCCAGCUCCAGAUGGUGCUAUGACCAUCAAGCGCAAGGUGCCCACCAAAUACAAGCUGCCCACGCUUAACUGGAUAGCGCUCAAGCCGAAUCAGGUUCGCGGCACUAUAUUCAAUGAGCUGGACGACGAGAAGAUCUUCAAGCAAAUCGACUUUAACGAAUUUGAAGAACGCUUCAAAAUCGGCAUCGGCGGCGGUCUGCACAAUGGUAGCAAUGGCAGCGAGGUGGAUGGAGCCCUGUCCUCCUAUCCCAGUAAACGUUUCAAGAAGCCUGAUAAUGUCUCCCUGCUGGAGCACACGAGGUUAAGAAACAUAGCAAUCUCUCGUCGUAAAUUGGGCAUGCCCAUUGAUGAUGUUGUUGCUGCCAUACAUAGUUUGGAUUUAAAGAAGCUAUCGCUGGAGAAUGUGGAGCUGCUGCAGAAGAUGGUGCCCACCGAUGCGGAGGUUAAGGCCUACAAGGAGUACAUAAUUGAGCGCAAGGAUCAGCAGCUACUCACCGAGGAGGACAAAUUCAUGUUGCAAUUGUCACGCGUUGAACGCAUCUCCUCCAAGCUAGCCAUUAUGAACUACAUGGGCAACUUUGUCGAUAGUGUGCAUCUCAUUAGCCCGCAAGUUCAAUCGAUUGCCAGUGCCUCCAACUCGCUGAAACAGUCGCGCAAGUUCAAAGCUGUGCUGGAAAUUGUGUUGGCCUUUGGCAACUAUCUCAAUAGCAACAAGCGUGGUCCGGCCUACGGCUUUAAGCUGCAGUCGCUGGACACUCUGAUUGACACUAAGUCAACUGACAAGCGCUCCUCGUUGUUGCACUACAUUGUGGCCACGAUUCGAGCCAAAUUUCCAGAGCUAUUGAGCUUUGAGUGCGAACUGUACGGCACCGAUAAGGCGGCAUCUGUGGCAUUGGAGAACGUAGUGGCUGAUGUCCAGGAGCUGGAUAAGGGCAUGGAGCUGGUGCGUAAGGAAGCCGAGUUGCGUGUUAAGGGCACGCAAACACACAUACUGUGGGAUUUCUUAAACAACAGCGAAGACAAACUAAAGAAGAUUAAGAGCGAUCUGCGAUUGGCGCAGGAUGCGUUCAAGGAGUGCGUCGAAUACUUUGGGGACUCCUCACGCAAUGCGGAUGCAGCGGCAUUCUUUGCAUUGAUUGUGCGAUUUACGCGCGCCUUUAAACAACUCGACCAGGAGAACGAACAGCGCCGUCGGCUGGAGCAGGCGGCUGCUUUGGCGGCAUCGAAGAAGGAAAGUGAUCAGGUCUUGCUGCGCAACAAGUUCAAUCAGAAAAAGCAACAGUUGCCUACAACUUGCGCACUCUCCUUGCAGGAUGCCGUCAUCAAUGAGCUGAAGAGCAAAACGCAUUCGGUGCGGGAAAAGAAGCUGCUGCAGCAGGACGAGGUCUACAAUGGAGCGCUGGAGGACAUACUUCUGGGGCUUAAGAGUGAGCCGUAUCGAAGGGCGGACGCGGUCAGGCGUUCCCAACGCCGACGCAUUGACAAUAAUCGCUUGUCUCGCACGAUGGAGGAAAUGGACUGCUAGGCUAGCUGCCUGGCUUGGCAAGGGCAGGGCAGGGCAGGGCGCAGGGCAAAGGCAAAAAUCAAAAUUCAAAAGCGAUGCGAAAAACGAAUAUGUAAACGUCUUAGAUAAAGAAACUGCAAUAUGUGAUUGGGCGAUUAAAUUGUUUGGAUACACACAUAAAUACACACUUACACGCACACACACUCAUACACACAUUCCCGAACCCCUUUUACCCUUGUGCUAUCAUUCGAAUAUAUUUUUCGUUGUUAUUUUGCAUAAUAUAUCUUUAAAUAUCCAGUACUAUUCUGUGAAUCUCAUUUAUUUUUUUGAGAUACUCUAUCGCCAAAAUUUGUAAAAUUGCUUUUUAUAUUUGGUUGCAUAGCCUAUGAGUUACAAGCUUACAAAUUUUUUACAGUGUAUUUAUCCAAUUUUAAAUGUUAAGUUUAAAGUGUGUAAAUAUAUGUAUGCAUAUAUAUAUUUUAAUCAUUAUUUUCGAAUAAGUCUUAAACCAAAUUGGAAUUUUGAUUUGCAUCCGAGAUGGCAAAGAAGUUUUUUAAAACCAACACUAUUUUGUAUUUAGUUGUAUUUUAAACCUUUUUAAACAUUUUGUAUAAGUAAAAAGUUGUAUGAUGAGCAUCAUACGAUUAAUUGUAAAUUUCCUAUUAUAUUUCUAUUAUGUUUUUUUAAAUUAAAUUUUGUUGUAUUAUAAAUUACAAGUAUAUAACACAUUUCGCACACAGCUUAUACUGAAAUGAAAAAAAACUGCAAUAAACAAUAAAAAGCGCCAAAUAUUGCAAGCAACAUGAACAAUUUUUUGCACACGAAAUACAUUUUUAGAAAGUUUUUUACAAAAUAUAUACAAUAGCAACUAAAACCAUUUUAUAACAGUUUAUGUAGAUUUUUUAUACAAAGAAAAAUAUAUAUACACAUGUAUAUACUACAUAUAUAUAUAUAUAUACAUGCAAUUUAUGAGCCAAUUUAUUCUCACAAGCCACAAAAUUAUGACGAAGACUGAUAUGGAGCAGUUUAUAUUAUACAUAAAAAACACGCCUACACAUAUAUAUUAAAUACACUUUUAAAAAAAGCUUUGUAACGAUCUUUUUCGAACAGACGUCUAGUGUCUUUCCAUUUAUUAAAACUAAAACUUAUCGAAUUUAGUUGAACUAUAAGCCCAUAUGCAUGUACUACGAGUAAUACAUAAAUUUAUUUAGUGCCACUGGCAUGAAUGAGAUGGUCUUUUUGCAUAUCUUUUCGUUACAUGUUUUUUAAUUUGCCAAAAAAAAAAAGGAAAUAAAGCGAACAUGAACGAAACCUUUAAUUAACUAGCACGCUGCAUUGUUAGUUUUAAAUAUUGUGUUAUUUAAUUUGAUAAGAAA